CUACCACUUGAUUUAUUUGAUUAUCUCUAUUUACUUUGACUCACCAAUCUUCUCCUACAUAAAAUCAAAGUAUUCCAAGUGACAAAACCAGCAAAUAUGGGUGAAAACAGAGAUGAAAUUAUGAGUCUUAGACCCAUAAAACUAUCCGACAUAGAUGAUUUCAUGGCGUGGGCAAGUGAUGCAAGAGUUGCCCAUUUCUGCACUUGGGAUUCCUACACUUCACGAGACGAAGCUCUCAACUUCCUCACCAACCACGCCAUCCCCCACCCCUACUACCGAGCCAUCUGCGUCGUGGGCUCGAUCUCCGUCACGCCCGGCCCCGGGGGCCGGGCGGAGCUCGGCUACGUGGUGGCGUUUGAGCACUGGGGAAAAGGGAUUGCGACGGAGGCGGUGAGGAUGGUGGCCUCCACCAUCUUCCGAGAAUGGCCGCUGCUGCGGAGGCUCGAGGCUUUCGUCGACGCCGAUAAUGGAAGGUCCCAGAAGGUUCUAGAGAAGGCUGGAUUUGUGAGGGAAGGUUUGCUGAGGAAGCAUGCGGUUGUGAAAGGGAAGUCUAGAGAUAGGGUGGCUUUCAGCCUUGUUUCCUCUAUCCAUUCAUAGACUCUUCUUGUGUGUGUGAGUGUGUGUUUUCGAAAUUGUGUGUAGUUUCGUCCAUGUAAACAAAACAUGUACAAACAUUUGUGCUAUUAUACAUUAUAGAUAUUCCUCGUCCAUUCUAAUAA